UUUUCAUACUUUAAUUUAGCAGUCUUUAUUGACAGCAAAAACCCUUAUUAAUUUGACUACCUAUACCGUAAACAUUAAAAAAAUAAAAAUGGGAAUAUGCCAAAGCCAGGAAGAGAAGGAGUUGGAGUCAAAAACGAAACAAAUUGACAAAGAUUUAUUGCAGGCACACAUUGCUCAUCAAAAGAUUGUUAAAUUGCUUUUGCUAGGCGCAGGAGAAUGCGGAAAGAGUACAAUACUGAAGCAAAUGAGGUCAGUAAUCUCAUGA